AUGGAAAAUAUUCCCCCAUACAAAGAUUUCCAUAAACAGAUAAAAAUCAAUUUAUGGCUUGCAGGGAUCCCUUAUGGCGAUCCGAAGUUUUACUUUAGAUUCUACGUCAUAUUCGUUCAACUUUUAUUGAUGAUCGUCUUCGAAGUAUCGUUCUUUGUCUCGAGAAUUUCAGCUGAGAAUUUUCUAGAGUUGACCCAAUUGGCUCCGUGUAUGGGAAUCGGUAUACUAACUGCAUUGAAAACCAUGGCUGUAAUUCAAAAACGAAAGAAAAUUUAUGAUCUGACCGAGUGUCUUGAGAAGCUCUACAAUAAUAUUCUUAGUAAUGAGCAGAAAGUGAAACUUGUGAGAAAAGAUUUGGUCCUUGUUAACUUACUCAUGAAAUAUUAUUUCAUUUUGAAUCUCCUAUUGAUCUCUGUCUACAAUUUCUCAACUCCGUUCAUAAUUUUGUAUCAUUAUUUUGCGAAACAUGAGGUGAUUUACAUUCUACCUUACGCAAUUUUAGUGCCAUUUUCUACUGAUUCCUGGUUGCCUUGGAUUAUAGUCUAUAUUCAUUCCAUCAUGUGUGGUUUCAUCUGUGUAUUGUUUUACACAACGAUCGAUGGACUUUACUUUGUUCUGACUUCCCACGUCUGUGCAAAUUUUAGCGUGAUUAGUGAUAUGAUUGAAAGUUUAGAUGAAACUACUGCAGAUCGCUUGGCAGAUAUAAUCAAGGAACAUCAGUAUAUUUUGAAGCUCGGGGAGGACUUGGAAGAUAUUUUUACUGCGCCCAAUCUGUUUAAUGUGUUGGUCGGCUCUUUGGAGAUAUGCGCUCUCGGAUUUAAUUUAACGACUGGGAGCUGGCAACAAAUUCCAGGCUGCAUUCUGUUCCUUCUAUCUGUUCUACUGCAAAUCCUCAUGAUGAGUGUAUUUGGAGAAAACAUGAUAAGAGAAAGUACAAAGAUCGGUGACGCAGCGUUUUUAUGCAAAUGGUAUAAAAUGGAUGAGAAAUCUAAGAAGAUAAUUUUGACCAUAAUGAUCAGGUCUAAAAAACCUCAACAGUUAACCGCUUAUAAAUUUUCUACCAUAAGUUACGCGAGCUUCACAAAGAUUAUAAGUACAUCAUGGUCCUAUUUCACGAUAUUACGAACUGUCUACAGUCCACCGGAAGUUACUCGUACUGAUUAA